AUGGCUUCAUCGCCCAAGGGCAACUCCGGCCAUAAUGCCAACGAUGCCUCGUCGCCCGCCGCUUCUCAACCCACCAAACCAUCCAUGGUCAAAGGCGCAUCCCUCCUCAUCCUUUUGCAGCUGAUAUCUCGCCUCAUCACCUUUGUUGCCAACCAGCUCCUGCUGCGCUUCCUGACGCCGCGGCUCGUGGGCCUGUCUAGCCAACUUGAGGUGUAUUACCUGUCGGUUUUAUUUUUUGCAAGAGAGAGCCUGCGUGUCGCAAUCCAACGCCAGGGCAGCACAACAGCGCCAUCAUCCAAGAGCGACAAGCAAGAUGAGCAGCUGCUCGUGACACGUCGCGACAGUCAGGCGGUUGUCAACUUGGGCUACCUAGCCAUUGUCCUCGGACUCUUCGUCAGCACCGGACUCGGAUGGAUGUACCUCGCCUACGCCAACGAAUCAAUCCUGCAGACGCCAUACCUCGUCCACUCGCUUUACCUGUAUGGUUUGGCCGCCAUGGUAGAGCUGCUCUCCGAGCCUUGCUUCGUCCUCAUGCAGAGGCGCUUGCAGUUUGGCACCCGCGCCACGGCCGAGUCGGCUGCUACUUUCCUACGAUGUCUGGCUGUGUUUGCAUCUACAGUCUUGGCGUCAAGGAAGCGGCUGGAUAUUGGCGUCCUGCCCUUUGCACUUGGCCAACUCACCUACGGCGUGUCAUUGUUGCUGGUUUACUUUGUCUCUGGCUACGGCCUCGCAACCUCCAUUGGCUUUUCGCUGCUGCCAAAAGCUAUGGCGGCCGACAGCAGGGCCGGCGCAGACUACGUAUGGUCCUAUUUCUACCGACCGACCGUCACCCUUGCCAGCAGGAUGAUGAUCCAAAGCGUCGUCAAGCAUCUCCUCACACAGGGCGAUACUUUUCUCAUAUCUAUACUCUCCACGCCAGAAAUGCAGGGUGUGUAUGCCAUGGCCAACAACUACGGCGGGUUAUUAGCCCGAAUGCUCUUUCAGCCCGUAGAGGAGAGUAGUCGGAGCUAUUUCUCGCAACUGCUGGCCUCCACAUCAACAACCGAGAAGGACGCAAAAGAUGUUCAACCAUCGGCAGCGGUGCAAGAAGCCAAGAAGAACCUUCAGACUCUUCUUAGACUGUACACCAUUUUAUCGGCAAUUGCGGUAGGUCUUGGUCCUUUUGCCGCUCCGCCGCUGCUGUCCAUUGUUGCAGGGAAAAGAUGGACAGACGAUGGCGCCGGGGAUGUCUUGGGUGUCUACUGUUUCUACAUUCCGUUUUUGGCUCUCAAUGGCAUCACCGAAUCUUUUAUUGCAUCUGUUGCGUCUGAAGCAGAGGUCCAGCGGCAAUCGAUGUGGAUGGGAGUAUUUUCCGUGGCCUUUGCCGCUUCCGCCUUCGUCUUCAUGCGCGUUUUCCCCCUCGGUGCGCAGGGCCUUGUACUCGCCAAUAUCAUCAACAUGUUGUGUCGCGUCAUUUGGAGCUCUGCCUUUAUUAAAGCCUAUUUUCGCCGCAAUCGGUCAGAUAUAUCCAUUAGAAGCAUAGUACCAGGCGGUAUAGUUGCCGUGUCACUCUCUACGCUGGUUUUCAUGCAUUGGCUCCAUUCGCCAGAUGAGCCGAAAACGAAUCCAGUCAAAAUACUUGCAAAAGUGGCGGGUUCAGCCGUGCCAUUUCUACUUACAAUGUGUAAUACUCCUCGAACGACAUUUUCUGUUGGAAUGCUUUCACUCUAUACGGGAUCGGAAAGCCGCUAA